AUGGACGACCUGCGGGUGCUGUGGAUGCGCGACCGCGUGUACACCGCCUUCGGCCUCAGCGACCCGCAGAUCUUCGAGGACCUGCUGAACCGCGACGACGGCGAGGGCGAGGACACCGUGCUGCACUUCCUCAACCAGCGGAGCGACGAGGAGGGCGCCGCCACGCUCUUCUUCUACCGCACGGUGGUGCCCGAGGAGGUGGAGGUGGAGAUGGAAAGUGAGGCACCUCUUGCUUUCGACGAGGAGGACGCGGAGGAGGAGAUGGCUUCUCCGAAGGUGGAGUCCCUGGACAGAUGGCAAGGGAAGAGUUUGUCGUGGAAAAGUGGUUCCCUUGGUCAGUAUUUAGCCAGCAUAGAGAGUGAAGACCUGGACAAAGAGAUGUCAGAAAAACCCUCCACCAAGAGACGCGUGAGGACCAUCGUGGAGAGGACGUGUCUCCACAUGCUGUGCACGCCUGUUCCCGAGGAGUUUCUGGACCAGAACGUGGUAUUUUUUCUCCGAAACACCAAAGAGGCAGUCGCCGAAGCUACUGACAUGAAGGAGGCCAUGGAAAUCAUGCCCGAAGCGCUGGAGUACGGGAUCAUAAAUGCUCACGUGCUUCAUUUGCUGAAGGGUAUUGUAUGUCAGGUAUUCUUGCCAGCGUUGUCCUUCAGCCAGCACAAGAUGGACUCGACCUUUGUACUUGCACCUGGAGAGUUCCCCGAUCCUUUUAAGUUUGAAAUGGACCUCCCCAGCAUGCCCAUGGAAACCGUAGAAUAUCACAGUGUUCAGUUAAUACGGGACGAAUUUUUAAUGAACCUCCAGAAAUUUGCAAAUGGCAUUCAAAGAACAAUGCAGCAACUGGAAGGUGAGAUCAAGUUAGAAAUGCCGAGCAUCAGCGUGGACAGAGAGGUGUCUGAUCUGGCAGCUGACCCAGAAACCGUUGAAAUCUUGGAGCAGUGUGUGAUAAACUGGCUGAAUCAGAUAUCUGCAGCUGUUGAGGACCAGCUGAAGAAGACACCUCAGGGUCAUGGCCCUCUGGCCGAAAUUGAAUUCUGGCGGGAAAGAAAUGCAACCUUAAGUGCGCUUCAUGAGCAAACAAAGCUGCCAGUAGUCAGAAAAGUCUUGGACGUGAUCAAGGAGGCGGGCUCCAUGCUCCCGGCCAGCGUGCAGCCGGUGCUGACCGAGCUGUUCAAGCUGCACAUGGAGGCCUCGGACAACGUGCGCUUCCUGUCCACCGCGGAGCGGCAUUUCAAGAACAUAACACACGGCUCGAGCUUCCAUGUGGUCCUGGACACCAUCCCGUCCAUGAUGCGUGCCCUGCGGAUGGUGUGGAUCAUCUCCCGCCACUACAACAAGGACGAGAGGAUGAUCCCGCUCAUGGAGCGGAUCGCCUGGGAGAUCGCCGAGCGGGUCAGCAGGGUGGUCAACCUGCGGACCCUGUUCCGAGAAAACCGAACGAGCGCGCAGCACAAGACCUUGGACGCCAAGAACACCCUCAAGCUGUGGAAAAAGGCCUACUUCGACAUCCGGGCCAAGAUCGAGGCCUCGGGGAGAGAGGCUCGGUGGGAGUUUGACCGGAAGCGGCUGUUCGAGAGGACGGAUUACAUGGCUUCCAUCUGUGGGGACCUGUACGAAGUCCUGCAGGUUAUGGAGGAAUUUUACAACAUAUUCGGUCCAGAACUCAAGGCUGUGACAGGGGAUCCCAAGCGCAUCGAUGACGUCCUGUGCAGGGUGGACAGCCUGGUCACCCCCAUGGAAAGCCUGACCUUUGACCCCUUCAGCAUCAAGUCCUCCCAUUACUGGAAAUACGUGAUGGAUGAGUUCAAGAUCGAAGUUAUGGUUAUUGAGAAAGAAGCAAAAAAUUUUAUUGAUGAAUCUUUUAAGACACUUCGAUCAGCUGAAGCAGCGUUUGACAUGCUUUUAAAAUUCAAGCACAUUCGUUCACGGGAGGCUAUUAAUCGACAAAUGAUGAUGAAGUUUAAUGAUAUUCUUGUGCAGUAUUGCAAAGAGAUUGACAUCAUUAAUAAGCUCUUCCUCCAGAACCAGGACAACCCACCGCUGUAUAAGAACCUGCCCCCGGUGGCGGGUGCUAUCUGCUGGGAGCGGUCCCUGUUCUAUCGAAUCAAGCACACCAUCCUGCGAUUUCAGGAAGUGGAGGAGAUACUGGAGGGUGACCGAGGACAGGAAGUAAAACAGAAAUAUCUGGAAGUGGGGAGGACGAUGAAGGACUAUGAAGACAGAAAGUACGAGCAGUGGAAAGUCACUGCGGAGCAGGUCCUCCCAAACCUCAUGAAGAAGAGCAUCCUGACCAAGCUGUCCUCCACUGGCGACGAGCUGUCCACUCCAGAGAAGGGAGCUGUUUUUGCAAUCAAUUUUUCACCUGCGCUCAAAGAAAUUAUUCAUGAAACAAAGUACUUGGAACAGCUGGGGUUCGUUGUCCCUGAAUUAGCAAGAAAUGUUGCUCUCCAGGAAGACAAAUUCCUUAGGUACACGGACGGGAUACAGCGCAUGUUGGAUCACUACCACGCGCUCAUAGGGACGUUAACUGAGGCGGAGACUGUUCUUCUUGACGAUCAUGGCCAGGAAUUAAUCCGAGUUUUUAGGACUGGAUAUAAGAGGCUGAACUGGAACUCACUAGGCAUCGGGGACUACAUAAGUCGGUGCAAACAGGCCAUUGGGAAAUUCGAGUCUCUCGUGCACCAGAUCCAUAAGAAUGCAGAUGACAUUUCUUCCAGGCUCACAUUAAUAGAGAGCAUGAAUCUCUUUAAAUAUCCAGUGCCCAAAAGCGAGGAAGAGCUGCCAGGUGUGAAGGAAUUCUUUGAGCACAUUGAUCGAGAAAGGGCCCGAGACGUGGACCACAUGGUCCAGUGGUAUCUUGCCAUCGGACCUCUGCUGACCAAAGCUGAGGGUCUGGUCAUCCACACCAACACGGGCAAGGCCCCCAAGCUGGCCUCCUACUACGAGUACUGGGAAAAUAGGAUUUAUGAGGUCCUGACGAAGCUCAUCCUCAAGAAUUUGCAGUCUUUUAAUGCGUUAAUCCUGGGAAACGUCCCUCUGUUCCAAACGGAAACCAUUCUGACGGCUCCGGAGAUCAUCCUGCACCCGAACGCCAACGAGAUCGACAAAAUGUGCAUCCACUGCGUCCGCAACUGCGUGGAGAUCACCAAGAACUUUGUGCGCUGGAUGAACGGCAGCUGCAUAGAAUGCCCUCCUCAGAAGGGGGAGGAAGAAGAAGUUGUCAUAAUGAGCUUUUACAAUGACAUUUCUGUGACUCCUCAGAUAAUUGAGCAAGCUGUUAUGAUCCCCCAAAACGUCCACAGGAUUCUGGUCAAUCUCAUGAAGUACCUGCAGAAAUGGAAGCGGUAUCGACCUCUCUGGAAAUUGGACAAGGCUAUCGUGAUGGAGAAAUUUGCUGCCAAGAAACCCACUUGCACAGCCUAUGAUGAGAAGUUGCAGUUCUACGCCAAGAUAGCCAGCGAGGUCACGCGCUACCCUUUAACUAAGGACGAGCACUGCGUUAGGCUCCAGCUCGGGCCUCUGGCAAACACGGUGCAGGAAAAUGCCAAGUCCUGGGUGGUUUCCCUCGGAAAACUUCUCAACGAGUCAGCAAAGGAGGAGCUCUACAAUCUGCACGAAGAGAUCGAGCACCUGGCCAAAAACCUUAAGAAGAGCCCUAAUACCCUGGAGGAUCUCAAGUUUGUCCUUGCCACAAUUGCAGAAAUUAGAAGUAAAUCUUUAGUCAUGGAACUAAGAUACAGGGAUAUCCAGGAGCGAUACCGCACCAUGGCGAUCUAUAACCUCUUUCCUUCUGAUGCAGAGAGAGAACUCGUUGAAAAUAUCGAGAGCAUGUGGUCCGAUCUGUUUAACGAGUCGGUGAAUGUGGAACAUGCUCUUGGGGGUAUAAAGAGAACGUUCACAGAGAUUACUCGAGGUGAAAUAGCCAACUACCGGGCUCUGAUAGAGGAGUUUUCAAAACGGUUUUACAGCCAAGGGCCUGGUUCUGUUGGUGAGGAUCUCGAUAAAGGAGUGGAACUUCUAGGCGAGUUCGAAAGAGAGCUGGCCAAACACGAAAAGAACCGCCAGGAGCUGGCCAACGCCGAGAAACUCUUCGACCUGCCUAUCACGAUGUACCCGGAGCUGCUCAAGGUGCAGAAGGAGAUGAACGGGUUGAAGAUGAUUUACGAGCUCUACGGAAGCCUGAAGAUUGCAAAGGAAGAAUGGUCUCAGACCCUCUGGGCCAACCUCAACGUGCAGUUUCUCCAGGACGGAAUUGAAGGUUUUCUCAAGGCUCUGAGAAAGCUGCCUCGGCAGGUCCGCAACCUGUCAGUGGCCUACCAUUUGGAAGCGAAAAUGAAGGCUUUCAAAGACUCCAUUCCUUUACUUCUUGACUUGAAACAUGAGGCGCUAAGAGACAGGCACUGGAAAGAGCUGAUGGAGAAAACAGGCGUCCAUUUUGAAACCACCGACACGUUCACCUUGCAAAACAUGUUUGCGAUGGAACUUCACAGGCACACGGACGUCCUCAAGGAGAUCGUCACCUCGGCUAUCAAGGAGGUCGCCAUCGAGAAGGCUGUGAAGGAAAUCUUGGACACAUGGGAAAACAUGAAAUUCACUGUGGUCAAGUAUUACAAAGGCACGCAGGAGCGAGGCUACGUUUUGGGCUCUGUUGAUGAUAUUAUUCAGUCCCUCGAUGACAACACUUUCAACCUGCAAAGCAUCUCAGGAAGCAGAUUUGUGGGGCCUUUUCUGCAAACUGUUCACAAAUGGGAAAAAACACUUUCUCUAAUAGGGGAAGUUAUUGAGAUUUGGAUGUUGGUUCAGAGGAAAUGGAUGUAUCUUGAAAGCAUUUUUAUUGGCGGAGAUAUAAGAUCACAACUUCCGGAUGAGGCCAAGAAGUUUGACAACAUCGACAGAAUAUUUAAAAGGAUCAUGGGUGAGACCUUGAAAGACCCGGUGAUCAAGCGCUGCUGCGAGGCCCCGAACCGCCUCCAGGAGCUGCAGAACAUCGGCGAGGGCCUGGAGAAGUGCCAGAAGAGCUUGAACGACUACCUGGACUCGAAGAGAAACGCUUUCCCCAGGUUCUUCUUCAUCUCCGACGACGAGCUGCUCAGCAUCCUGGGCAGCAGCGACCCGCUGUGCGUGCAGGAGCACAUGAUAAAGAUGUACGACAACGUAGCAUCACUGAGGUUUAACGACGGGGACAGUGGGGAGAAGCUGGCGUCCGCCAUGAUUUCAGCGGAGGGCGAAGUCAUGGAGUUCCGGAAGGUCAUCCGGGCCGAAGGGCGCGUGGAGGACUGGAUGACGGCGGUGCUGAACGAGAUGAGAAGGACUAACAGACUCAUCACCAAGGAGGCCAUUUUCAGAUACUGCGAGGACAGAAGCAGAGUGGACUGGAUGCUCCUGUACCAGGGCAUGGUGGUGCUGGCCGCCAGCCAGGUGUGGUGGACCUGGGAGGUGGAGGACGUCUUCCGCAGAGUGCAGGAAGGGGAAAAGCAGGCCAUGAAGAACUACGGCAGGAAGCUGCACCGGCAGAUCGACGAGUUGGUGACGCGCAUCACCACACGCUUAAGCAGAAACGACAGGAAAAAGUACAACACCGUGCUCAUCAUCGACGUGCACGCCAGAGACAUCGUGGAUUCUUUCAUAAGAGGCAGCAUUCUGGAAGCGCGGGAGUUCGAGUGGGAGAGUCAGCUGCGGUUUUACUGGGACCGGGAGCCGGACGAGCUGAACAUCCGGCAGUGCACGGGGACCUUCGGCUACGGCUACGAGUACAUGGGCCUGAACGGGCGGCUGGUCAUCACACCCCUCACCGACCGCAUCUACCUGACACUGACCCAGGCGCUGUCCAUGCAUCUGGGCGGUGCCCCUGCCGGCCCAGCGGGCACCGGCAAAACCGAGACCACCAAGGACCUGGCGAAAGCUCUGGGCUUGCUCUGCGUCGUAACCAACUGCGGCGAAGGCAUGGAUUACAAAGCCGUGGGGAAGAUUUUCUCUGGCCUUGCGCAGUGCGGGGCUUGGGGCUGCUUUGACGAGUUUAAUCGGAUCGACGCCUCUGUGCUCUCAGUUAUCUCGUCUCAGAUCCAGACGAUCCGAAACGCUCUGAUCCAUCAGUUAACCACGUUCCAGUUUGAAGGGCAGGAGAUCGCCCUGGACUCCCGAAUGGGCAUCUUCAUCACCAUGAACCCCGGCUACGCGGGCCGCACGGAGCUGCCCGAGUCGGUGAAGGCGCUGUUCCGGCCGGUGGUGGUGAUCGUGCCGGACCUGCAGCAGAUCUGCGAGAUCAUGCUGUUCUCCGAGGGCUUCCUCUGGGCCAAGACGCUGGCGAAGAAGAUGACGGUUCUGUACAAGCUGGCCAGGGAGCAGCUCUCCAAGCAGCACCACUACGAUUUCGGACUCAGGGCCCUGAAGUCGGUGCUGGUGAUGGCUGGCGAGCUGAAGAGAGGCUCCUCUGACCUCAAGGAGGAUGUGGUGCUGAUGAGGGCCCUCCGAGACAUGAACCUGCCCAAGUUCGUGUUUGAGGACGUCCCCCUUUUCCUGGGCCUGAUCUCCGACCUGUUCCCGGGGCUCGACUGCCCUCGGGUCCGCUACCCCGACUUCAACGACGCCGUGGAGCGCGUGCUGGAGGAGAGCGGCUACGUGGUGCUGCCCGUGCAGGUGGACAAAGUGGUUCAGAUGUUCGAGACCAUGUUGACCCGGCACACCACGAUGGUGGUGGGGCCCACGGGAGGGGGCAAGUCUGUGGUCAUUAACACCCUGUGUCAGGCCCAGACCAGGCUCGGGAUAACGACCAAGCUGUACAUCCUGAACCCCAAAGCCGUGAGCGUCAUAGAGCUCUACGGCAUCCUGGACCCCACCACCCGCGACUGGACGGAUGGGGUGCUGUCCAGCAUCUUCAGGGAGAUCAACAGGCCGACGGACAAGAAGGAGCGGAAGUACAUUUUAUUUGACGGUGACGUGGACGCCCUGUGGGUGGAGAACAUGAACUCUGUGAUGGACGACAACAGGCUGCUGACCUUGGCCAACGGCGAGCGCAUUCGGCUGCAAGCGCACUGCGCCCUGCUCUUCGAGGUUGGAGAUUUGCAGUAUGCCUCCCCUGCAACUGUCUCUCGAUGUGGGAUGGUUUAUGUGGAUCCUAAAAACUUGAAAUAUGAACCGUACUGGAAAAAGUGGGUUAAUCAAAUACAAAACAAGCUGCAGCAAAGCAACUUAGACAGUCUCUUCGGGAAAUACGUGCCCUACCUCAUGGACGUGAUCGUGGAAGGGAUAGUGGAUGGGAGACGGGGAGAGAAGCUGAAGACGAUUGUGCCUCAGACGGACCUAAACAUGGUAACCCAGUUAACCAAGAUGCUGGACUCGCUACUAGAAGGGGAAAUAGAGGACCUCGAGCUGCUGGAGUGCUACUUCUUGGAGGCCCUGUACUGCUCUCUGGGGGCCGCCCUGCUCGAGGACGGGAGGGUCAGAUUUGACGAAUGUAUUAAGAGCAUCGCUUCUUUGCCCACCGCCGAUACGGAAGGAGUCUGGGCCAAACCCGGGCAAUUGCCAGGUCACCUUCCAACCCUGUAUGACUUUCACUUCGAUGGCACGCGGGGUCAGUGGAUCCCGUGGAGCGCGUUAGUCCCAGAGUAUGUCCACUCUCACGAGAGGAAAUUCAUCGACAUCCUGGUUCAUACAGUGGAUACCACCCGGACUACCUGGAUAUUGGGACAGAUGGUUAAAAUUAAGCAUCCUGUUAUUUUUGUUGGUGAAUCUGGCACUUCUAAGACAGCCACUACCCAGAACUUCCUCAAGAAUCUGAAUGAAGAAACGAACAUUGUGUUAAUGGUCAAUUUCUCCUCCCGCACCACGUCCAUGGAUAUCCAGAGAAAUCUAGAGGCAAAUGUGGAAAAGCGAACCAAGGACACUUACGGGCCGCCCAUGGGGAAGCGCCUGCUCGUGUUCAUGGACGACAUGAACAUGCCCAAGGUGGACGAGUACGGCACCCAGCAGCCGAUUGCCUUGCUGAAGCUGCUGCUGGAGAAGGGCUACUUGUACGACCGCGGGAAGGAGCUGAACUGCAAGAGCAUCCGCGACCUCGGCUUCAUCGCUGCCAUGGGCAAAGCCGGCGGAGGUCGCAACGAGGUCGACCCGAGAUUUAUUUCGCUGUUCAGCGUCUUCAAUGUGCUCUUCCCUUCAGAGGAGUCUUUGCAUCUAAUUUACUCCUCCAUCCUGAAAGGCCACACCUCGACAUUUCACGAGAGCAUCGUGGCUGUGAGUGACAAGGUGACAUUCUGCACGUUAGCACUUUACAGAAAUACCGUUCAGGAUCUGCCUCCCACUCCUUCCAAGUUCCAUUACAUCUUCAACCUUCGGGAUCUCUCCCGGGUUUUUAACGGUCUUGUCCUCACUAACCCAGAGAGGUUCCAGACGGUGGCCCAGAUGGUGAGGGUCUGGAGGAACGAGUGCCUGAGAGUCUUCCACGACCGGCUGAUCAAUGAAACAGACAAGCACCUGGUACAAGAGCACAUAAGAAGCUUGGUUACGGAACAUUUUCACGACCACUUGGAGACAGUGAUGAGGGAUCCCAUACUGUUCGGAGACUUCCGGAUGGCUCUGCACGAGGAGGAGCUACGUGUGUACGAAGACAUCCAGGACUACGAGGCGGCCAAGGCCCUGUUCCAGGAAAUUCUGGAAGAGUAUAAUGAAAGCAACGUCAAGAUGAACUUGGUUCUCUUUGACGAUGCUCUGGAGCACUUGACCCGCACACACCGCAUCAUCCGGAUGGACCGCGGCCACGCCCUGCUGGUGGGUGUCGGGGGCUCGGGGAAGCAGUCCCUGGCGCGGCUGGCCGCCUUCACAGCCGGCUGCGAGGUAUUUGAGAUCAUGCUGAGCCGAGGCUAUGCGGAGAACAAUUUCCGGGAUGACCUGAAGAACCUUUAUCUGAAACUUGGGAUCGAGAACAAAACGAUGAUCUUCCUGUUCACGGAUGCCCACGUGGCCGAGGAGAGCUUCCUGGAGCUCAUCAACAACAUGCUGACCUCAGGGAUCGUACCUGCGCUUUUCGCUGAAGAGGAGAAGGAGUCCAUCCUCAGUCAGAUCGGACAAGAGGCUGUGAAGGCAGGCGUGGGGCCGGCCAAGGAGUCCGUGUGGCAGUUCUUCGUGAACAAAAGUGCAAACAACCUGCACAUCGUCCUGGGCAUGUCGCCCGUCGGGGACACCCUGAGGACCCGGUGCAGAAAUUUCCCAGGUCUGGUAAACAACACUGGUAUUGACUGGUUCAUGCCCUGGCCUCCCCAAGCCCUGCAUGCGGUGGCUAAGUCAUUUCUAGGCAAUAACCCCAUGAUCCCGCUGGACAAGACGGAAGCCCUGGUGGAGCACAUUGUUCUGGUGCACGAGUCCGUGGGCCAGUUCAGCAAAGAGUUUCUGCAGAAACUGAGACGCAGCAACUACGUGACUCCCAAGAACUACCUUGAUUUUAUUAAUACCUACUCCAAACUGUUGGAUGAGAAAACUCAGUAUAACAUAGCCCAGUGCAAGCGUCUGGAGGGCGGCCUGGACAAGCUGAAGGAGGCCACCGUUCAGCUGGACGAGCUGAACCAGAAGCUGGCCGAGCAGAAGAUCGUGCUGGCGGGGAAGUCCGCCGCCUGCGAGGCCCUGCUGGAGGAGAUUGCCACCAACACGACCAUAGCGGAGGAAAAGAAGAAGCUCGCGGAAGAGAAGGCCGUGGAGAUAGAGGAGCAGAACAAGGUCAUCGCCGUGGAGAAGGCCGAGGCCGAGAUGGCCCUCGCCGAGGUCAUGCCCAUCCUGGAGGCCGCCAAGCUGGAGCUGCAGAAGCUGGACAAGUCGGAUGUGACGGAGAUCAGGUCGUUUGCUAAGCCCCCGAAGCAGGUGCAGACGGUCUGCGAGUGCAUCCUCAUCAUAAAGGGGUACAAAGAGCUCAACUGGAAAACCGCCAAAGGCAUGAUGUCUGACCCAAAUUUCCUGAGGUCUCUGAUGGAGAUCGAUUUCGAUGCCAUUUCCCAGAGCCAGGUUAAGAAUAUCAAAGGCCUCCUGAAGACUCUCAACACCACCAUCGAAGAAAUGGAAGCUGUGAGCAAGGCCGGGCUGGGAAUGCUGAAGUUCGUGGAGGCUGUGAUGGGCUACUGUGACGUCUUCAGAGAGAUCAAGCCCAAACGAGAGAAGGUAGCCAGGCUGGAGCGGAACUUCUACCUGACGAAGCGGGAACUGGCGCGGAUCCAGAACGAGCUGGCGGCCAUCCAGAGGGAACUGGAGGCCCUGGGGGCCAAGUACGAGGCGGCCAUCCUGGAGAAGCAAAAGCUGCAGGAGGAGGCCGAGAUCAUGGAGAGGCGGCUGAUCGCCGCAGACAAGCUCAUCUCGGGCCUGGGCUCGGAAAACGUCAGGUGGCUGCACGACCUGGACGAGCUGCUGCACCGGCGCGUCAAGCUGCUGGGGGACUGCCUGCUGUGCGCCGCCUUCCUCAGCUACCAGGGCGCCUUCACCUGGGAGUUCCGCAACGAGAUGGUCAAGGAGAUCUGGCAGAGCGACAUCCUGGAGCGGGACAUCCCGCUGAGCCAGCCCUUCCGGCUGGAAAGCCUGCUCACGGACGACGUGGAGAUCAGCCGGUGGGGCUCCCAGGGGCUGCCCCCCGACGAGCUGUCGAUUCAGAACGGCAUCCUCACCACCCGCGCCAGCCGCUUCCCCCUCUGCAUCGACCCCCAGCAGCAGGCGCUCAACUGGAUAAAGAGGAAGGAAGAGAAGAACAACCUGCGGGUUGCUUCUUUCAAUGACCCCGACUUCCUCAAGCAGCUGGAGAUGUCCAUAAAGUACGGCACUCCUUUCCUGUUCCACGACGUGGACGAAUACAUCGAUCCCGUGAUCGACAACGUCCUAGAGAAGAACAUAAAAUUCACCCAAGGACGGCAGUUUAUCAUACUGGGAGACAAGGAGGUGGACUACGAUUCAAAUUUCAGGCUGUACCUAAACACCAAGCUGGCCAAUCCGAGAUACGGCCCGUCUGUGUUUGGGAAAGCCAUGGUCAUCAAUUACACCGUCACGCUUAAGGGCCUGGAGGACCAGCUGCUGAGUGUGCUGGUGGCCUACGAGAGGCGGGAGCUGGAGGAGCAGAGGGAGCACCUCAUCCAGGAGACCAGCGAGAAUAAGAACCUGCUCAAGGACCUGGAGGACUCCCUCCUGCGGGAGCUGGCAACCUCCACGGGGAACAUGCUGGACAACGUGGAGCUGGUGCAGACCCUGGAGGAGACCAAGUCCAAAGCCACAGAGGUAUCGGAGAAGCUCAAGCUGGCGGAGAAGACAGCCCUGGACAUCGACCGGCUGCGGGACGGCUACCGGCCGGCCGCCAGGAGGGGGGCCAUCCUGUUCUUCGUCCUGUCCGAGAUGGCCCUCGUGAACUCCAUGUACCAGUACUCCCUGAUCGCCUUCUUGGAGGUCUUCGGGUUGUCCCUGAAGAAGUCGCUGCCUGAUUCCAUUCUCAUGAAGCGACUGAAGAACAUCAUGGACACGCUGACCUUCAACAUCUAUAACUAUGGCUGCACAGGGUUGUUUGAGAAGCACAAGCUACUCUUUUCUUUUAAUAUGACUAUCAAGAUAGAACAAGCAGAAGGGAGAGUCCCCCAGGAAGAACUAGAUUUCUUUUUAAAAGGAAACAUUUCUCUGGAGAAAAGCAAACGGAAAAAGCCCUGUGCGUGGCUGUCCGACCAGGGAUGGGAAGAUAUCAUUCUUCUAUCAGAAAUGUUUUCAGACGACUUUGGCCGACUUCCUGAUGAUGUUGAGAAUCAUCAGACGGUCUGGCAGGAGUGGUAUGACGUGGAUUCACUCGAGCAGCUUCCAUUCCCCUUGGAUUAUGAUAAAAACAUCACCCCUUUCCAGAAGUUGCUUAUUUUGCGCUGUUUCCGUGUGGACCGGGUGUAUCGGGCGGUGACCGACUACGUGACCGUAACAAUGGGAGAGAAGUACGUGCAGCCCCCGAUGAUCAGCUUCGAGGCCAUUUUCGAGCAGAGCACCCCAAACUCGCCCAUCGUGUUCAUCCUGAGCCCCGGCUCGGACCCCGCCAGUGACCUCAUGAAAUUAGCUGAGCGCAGUGGCUUUGGAGGGAACCGCCUCAAAUUCCUUGCCAUGGGUCAAGGUCAGGAAAAGGUGGCGCUGCAGCUGCUGGAGACGGCGGUGGCUCGCGGGCAGUGGCUGAUGCUGCAGAACUGCCAUCUCCUGGUCAAGUGGCUGAAAGUCCUGGAGAAGUCCCUGGAGAGGAUCACCAAGCCCCACCCUGACUUCCGCCUGUGGCUCACCACGGACCCCACGCGCGGCUUCCCCAUCGGGAUUCUGCAGAAGUCCUUAAAGGUCGUCACGGAGCCGCCCAGCGGGCUGAAACUGAACAUGAGGGCCGCCUACCUCAAGGUCUCCUACGAGACGCUGGAGCGGUGCCCGCACCCGGCCUUCAAGCCGCUGGUCUACGUGCUGGCGUUCUUCCACGCCGUGGUGCUGGAGCGCAGGAAGUUCGGCAAGAUCGGCUGGAACGUGUACUACGACUUCAACGAGUCCGACUUCCAGGUCUGCAUGGAAAUCCUGAACACGUACCUGACCAAAGCCUUCCAGCAGUGCGACCCGAGGAUCCCGUGGGGCAGCCUCAAGUACCUCAUCGGAGAGGUCAUGUACGGAGGACGGGCCAUCGACAGCUUUGAUCGUCGCAUCCUGACCAUCUACAUGGACGAGUACCUGGGAGACUUCAUUUUUGAUACUUUCCAGCCGUUCCACUUCUUCCGGAACAAGGAAGUGGACUAUAAAAUCCCUGUUGGUGAUGUAAAGGAAAAAUUCGUUGAAGCCAUCGAGGCCCUGCCGCUUGCUAACACGCCUGAAGUGUUUGGCCUUCAUUCCAACGCCGAGAUUGGCUAUUACACGCAGGCGGCUCGAGAUAUGUGGUCUCACCUCCUGGAGCUGCAGCCGCAGACGGGGGAAUCCAGCAGUGCCAUCAGCCGCGAUGAUUACGUCGGCCAAGUGGCCAAGGACAUAGAAAACAAGAUGCCCAAAGUCUUUGACUUGGAACAGGUGAGGAAGCACCUCGGCGUGGGAAUCUCCCCCACGUCCGUGGUGCUCCUGCAGGAGCUGGAGCGCUUCAACAAGCUCAUGGGACGCAUGACCAGGUCUCUGGCCGAGCUUCAGAGGGCCUUGGCUGGAGAAGUUGGAAUGAGCAGUGAGUUAGAUGAUGUGGCCAGGUCUCUUUUUAUUGGGAGCAUCCCUAAUAUUUGGAGAAAGCUUGCACCUGACACCUUAAAGUCCCUUGGAAACUGGAUGGUCUACUUCCUGCGGCGGUUCAGCCAGUACACGUUGUGGGUCACCGAGAGUGAGCCCAGUGUGAUGUGGCUCUCGGGGCUGCACAUCCCGGAGUCCUACCUCACGGCCCUGGUGCAGGCCACCUGCAGGAAGAACGGAUGGCCCCUGGACCGGUCCACCUUGUUCACACAAGUGACCAAGUUCCAAGAUGCAGACGAAGUGAAUGAGCGGGCAGGACAAGGAUGCUUUGUGUCGGGACUGUACCUGGAAGGUGCUGACUGGGACGUGGAGAGAGGCUGUCUGGUCAAGAGCAAACCCAAGGUGCUGGUUGUGGACCUGCCUAUCCUGAAGAUCAUCCCCAUCGAAGCCCAUCGCCUCAAGCUGCAGAAUACCUUCCGGACCCCUGUCUACACCACCUCCAUGAGAAGGAACGCCAUGGGAGUUGGCUUGGUCUUUGAAGCUGAUCUCUUUACCACGAAGCACAUUUCUCACUGGGUGCUACAAGGGGUGUGCCUCACCCUCAACUCUGAUUAACCGCCGGGCAAAGAAAACUGGAUAACGCAUCCUGAGUCUGGCUGGUGGCGGAUGCUGCGGGGACUGGAGGAGGACGGUGAUGUCUGCUGCUGUUUCCUGUGGCCUCUCAGCGGGAAGGUGGGGACUGACAACGAUCUUCCUUACAUUGGAAAUCAGUUAACUAACUCUCUUUCCAUACAAAUUAACCCAAAUGUUUUUUUUUUUUAACUAUUUUAUUUUUAAGAUUCUAUAUAUUUAAAAAGUAAAUACUAGAGAGCA